CAUAACGAUAAACUUACAUUUUAUCAGUCACAGUCGGGAUAUGAUUGUAUGACGCUUGAGGACCCGGUGAGACCGCGGGGAUUUCUGGGACAGGUGGGGAUGUUUCCAUCAUGGCGGCAUCCAUUUCGGGUUAUACUUUUAGUUCUGUGUGUUAUCACAGCGCUAACAGCAACUCCGACCAUGAGGGAUUUUUAUUGGGAGAGGUGAGGCAGGAAGAGACCUUCAGCAUCAGUGAUUCACAGAUAAGCAACACUGAAUUCCUUCAAGUAGUAGAAAUACAUAAUCAUGAACCAUGUGCACAUCUCUUUAGCUUUUAUGAUUAUGCGGGAAAGGUGAAUGAGGAGAAUCUCAACAGAAUUCUGAAGGACCGAAGGAAAAAUGUGAUUGGCUGGUACCGGUUCCGUCGGAACACCCAACAGCAGAUGUCGUUCAGGGAGCAGGUGCUCCACAAGCAGCUGACCACUAUCCUUGGUGUGCCUGACCUUGUCUUCCUCCUCUUCAGCUUCAUCUCCACGGCCAACAGCUCCACACACGCGCUGGAGUAUGUGCUCUUUAGGCCCAACCGCAGGUAUAAUCAGAGAGUGUCCCUCAGUAUACCCAAUCUGGGCAACACCAGCCAGCAGGAGUACAAGGUGUCCUCAGUCCCCAACACGUCCCAAAACUACGCCAAGGUCAUCAAAGAGCACGGGGCCGAGUUCUUUGAUAAAGAUGGCGUGAUGAAGGACAUCCGCACUAUUUACCAGGUCUACAGCGCACUGCAGGAGAAAGUCCAGGCAGUGUGUGGAGAAGUGGACAAAAGUGAACGUGUGAAGGAAAAACUCCAGGAGGAAACAAACAAGCUAAAGCAGCAGAUCACCCUCAGGAAACGUAAGACUGCAGAAGAAGAAAGGAGACUACAGGAGGCGGACACUGCAGACCAGCGCUCCUCUCCUGAGAGCUCCACAGCACUGUCGGACGCUGCGUCUCCCUCUCCCCGAGCACCUGCUCCACCACUGCUUCCACCACUCUCCUCUCGCCUGGCCUUCCAGCAGACGCCCCCUUCCUCUGCUGACCGAGGGGGAGCGUCCGCUCCUCUCGGGGGCCUCCCCGCCGCGGCCGGUGCCUCGUCAGCUGGUGUGGCCGGCGCGGACGCCUCGGCCUACAUGGGCGUGCUAGGCCAGGACCCGACCAGAGCCUUGCUGCUGCCGCGGCCUCAGGCGGUGGGCUCGCCGGGCCACCCGUCGCCCAGCCUGGGCCUCGGCAAUGGCGAUGGCUCCAGCUCUGACUCCCUGGACCGGCAGGCGGCAGGACAGGAGGGGGACGACGAGGACGAGGAUGAGGAUGAGGACGAGGACAGUAGCGAGUACGAGAACCUGGUCAGCGUGACGACAAGGACGGCGGCGGUCGCAGCAGGAGCGGACGCGGCAGCCACUUCGCCGCUGUCGGCAGAGGUACUGGCCAUGGGGCGGCCGGCAGCACUGAGGCCAGACGGAGACGCACAGGGCUCCUCGGCGUCUUAGGCGACGGAGCGGCACAAAGGAGGAGAAAAAAAAGAACUGGAACGAAGGCUGGAGAGAUGGCAGAAGGGCAGCCAGAGGAGGUGGUCUGGGAUAAGAAGGUGAAGAGCUCCAUGCGGUUUAUGGCUUCAUCUUUGCCUGAUUUGUCAGGUGAGACGAGCAAUCUGCGACAGACGUUUUUAUUUGGCCAACAACCUCACUGGCAACGUUGCAAAAUAUUGUGGGAGAGCAUAAGAAGUGACAUUUAGUGUAUGUGUGUGUCUCUUUCUUUCUCUCCCUCUCUCUUGCUCUCCGUUUGAAAAACUCCUCUCCUAGUUGGGCAGACUUGAGACUUGUGACUCACGUGCUUACUGGCUCACUCCGUGUCGGACUGACUUGACAUCUGCUACCCACCUACAACGGCCGUUUUUUUUUUACAUUUACCUCGUGCACUACUUUUGCCUUUGUUUAAUGUUUAUUUAAC